CUCUCUCUCUUUUCCGGCGCCACAUGCGAGGCUUGCAGAUUCUCUCUCCUCUGCUAGAAACGUCUGAGCUCUUAUUUUAAUGGCGGAAACAGUACACGCGUCAACAAAUUUUCCCUACUGAUCCCUCCAAAUUUCAACUCUCGACGCCAUUCUUUCAUUAUUUUUUCUCUCUUUUUCCACUUUCCCACCGCAACAUUUGCCCAACAUUACUGCCAACUCCUAUUUAAUCGCUUCAGACAUCCGUCCGAUGGAUUUCUCCCUCAAGUCAUUCAAAUCCCACGGCUCCUACAAGUAUGCGAGGAAGCUUUCUGGGGGUGGAGGAGCAGACGAUAGUCAAGAACAGCUACCGAUUCUUUCAGAUCAGGACCCGGGUAAUCUUCACCAGCAACAGUCCAUGGCGGUGUCUGAUGCUUCUGACCGGAACGAGGUCAUCGUCAAGAUCGAUCAGCCCGACUCUUUGAAUGCGACGUCAAGAGUAAUGGAGGCGGUGAACGCCAGUGGGAGGAUUUGGCGGGAGUCGAGCUACGAUUUCUGGAAUGAUGGUGAUGGUAGGCGAAGUAAUGCUGAAGGUUCUAAUGGCGAUGGUAGGAGUGAGGAUUUCGAGUUUAGGCAACAUAGGCAGGGUGUGGAAGAUCCGCCUUCGAAGCUUAUUGGACAGUUUCUGCACAAACAGAAGGCGUCCGGGGAGAUGUCCUUGGAUAUGGAUAUGGAAAUGUUGGAACUACCGCAGGAUAAGACGUUGCCUCCGGUGGCGGAGUCUCCGAUGCGUCGGAGCUCGAAGGAGUUGAAGGUCUCGUUCGAGUCUAUCUCAGAGAUUUCUGAAAACGAUUCGAUGCGAAGACGGCAUAGGGACUCGCCGGCCGAUGAGGAGUAUAAAGGACAGCAACCGCCGCAGCGCGAUCGUCGAGCAUACGGCAAUGGUCACGAUGACGGUGGUGCCGAGGUUGUGAGAUGCACAUCCAAUUCAUCUUUUCAGAGAGACGUAUCAUUCCAGAGAAAAUCUAGCUUGCUUAGGGCUAAGACUAAGUCCAGAUUGUUGGACCCGCCGGAGCAGCCGGACCGGAGGUCCGGCGUCCGGUCCGGCCGUGUACCCCCAAAAUCAGGACAAAUCCGCUCCGGAUUGUUGUCAAAAGCCUUGGACGAGGAAGACGAUGAUCCAUUCUUGGAAGAAGAUCUACCAGAUGAGUAUAAGAAAUCCAAUCUUGGUGCUCUGACUCUGUUACAAUGGGCGAGUUUGAUUUUGAUCAUCGCUGCCUUGGUUUGCACUCUGUCAAUUCCCUAUUUGAACCGAAAGAAUCUAUGGAAGCUCAAAUUAUGGAAAUGGGAGGUCAUGGUUCUAGUUCUGAUUUGCGGGAGGCUGGUUUCUGGGUGGGGGAUUAGGAUAAUCGUGUUCUUCAUCGAGAGAAACUUUCUACUGCGUAAACGGGUUCUAUACUUUGUGUAUGGGGUCAGAAAAGCAGUCCAGAAUUGUCUUUGGUUGGGACUGGUUUUAAUUGCUUGGAACUUUCUGUUUGAUGACAAAGUUCAAAGAGAAGUCAAAAGCAAUGCCCUAGAGUAUGUGACCAAAGUUCUAGUAUGUCUUCUGGUGAGCACCUUAGUUUGGUUGGUGAAGACCCUAAUGGUGAAGGUGCUCGCCUCCUCUUUCCAUGUGAGCACAUAUUUUGACAGGAUUCAGGAUGCUCUGUUUAACCAGUAUGUAAUCGAGACGCUGUCGGGGCCGCCAUUGAUAGAGAUUCGAAAGAACGAGGAAGAAGAAGAGAGGCUUGCAGAAGAGGUUAUGAAGUUGCAGAAUGCAGGGGCCACCAUUCCCCCUGAUCUGAAGGCCACUGCCUUCUCCACUGCAAAGGGUGGGAGGGUGAUUGGGAGUGGAGGGCUGCAGAGAAGCCCCCGCGGAAGAAGCGGCAAGCUCUCUCGGUCGCUGUCGAAGAAUGGCGACGACGGUAUAACCAUUGAUCAUCUGCAUAAGCUUAGUCCUAAGAAUGUGUCUGCUUGGAAUAUGAAGAGGCUGAUGAACAUUGUUCGACAUGGGGCUCUUUCAACUUUGGACGAACAGAUCAAGGAUUCAACUCAUGAGGAAGACGAGUCAGCAACACAGAUAAAGAGUGAAUGCGAGGCAAAAGUUGCUGCCAAGAAGAUUUUUCAGAACGUGGCCAGGCAUGGUUCCAAAUACAUCUACCUAGAGGACUUGAUGCGUUUCAUGCAAGAAGAUGAAGCUUUAAAAACCAUGAGUCUCUUCGAAGGAGCAUCUGAGAGCAGGAAAAUAAGCAAGUCAUCCUUGAAAAACUGGGUGGUCAAUGCCUUCAGAGAGCGGAGGGCCUUGGCUUUGACACUAAACGAUACUAAAACAGCUGUGAAUAAACUUCACCGUAUGGUGAAUAUUUUAGUUUCUGUUGUUAUCCUGGUUAUUUGGUUACUGAUUCUGGGUAUAGCCACCAGCAAGUUUCUCCUAUUUGUAACCUCUCAACUUGUGCUAGUGGCAUUUGUAUUUGGAAAUACUUGCAAGACUGUUUUUGAAGCAAUCAUCUUCUUAUUUGUGAUGCAUCCAUUCGAUGUUGGAGACCGGUGUGAAAUCGAUGGCGUCCAGAUGAUUGUAGAAGAAAUGAAUAUUUUGACGACCAUCUUUCUACGAUACGACAACCAGAAGAUCGUCUUUCCGAACAGCGUUCUUGCAACCAAGGCCAUCCACAAUUUCUACCGCAGUCCCGACAUGGGAGACGCUGUUGAAUUCUGUCUUCACAUAUCUACUCCGCCCGAAAAAAUUGCUGUCAUGAGACAGAGAAUAGUAAGUUACAUUGAGGCCAAGAAGGAGCACUGGUGCCCUGCACCAAUGAUUGUCUUCAAGGAUGUGGAAGAGUUGAACAGGCUAAGAAUAGCGAUAUGGCUUACUCAUAGAAUGAACCAUCAAGACAUGGGAGAGAGAUGGACAAGGAGAGCUCUCUUGGUUGAAGAACUGCUUAAGAUUUUCCAAGAGCUUGACCUUCAAUACCGUCUUCUACCGCUCGAUAUUAAUGUCCGUACCUUGCCUCCGGUGAACUCUACCAGGCUUCCAGCUACUUGGACAGCCACUACAAGUUGAGUGAGGCAGACAAGGAAAGGAAAUCGACCAACGAUGCAGGAUGCUUACGGUUUGUAGUAUCUAAACGAGGCUUUUUAUUUCACAGCAAGCGAGAGAUAUGCUAUUGUAUGUAUUUUAUUGUGUGAGUGAGUUAGUUACCAAUUUAAUGCUCUUACUUCAAAAUUCUCCAUUCUUAAAAGGCUGUAUAUUCAACUGCGAGCUAAUAUUACUAUUGUACCUUUUUUAGAUGUUGAUGUUGAUGUUGAUUUGCCCCUUGUAA